AUGACAAUAAGGACACGCCAUGAUGUGUGGUUGAGUCUUUUUGUGGUGAUUCUCGCAUGUUGUUGUGUGAGUGGUCAAUCGGUUUCGUCGGUAGUUUCGUAUAACAUUACAACUGUGGCUGGUGGAGGAAAUUCUGUUGGUGAUGGACUACCAGCUGUGAAUGCCUUGUUAAAUUCUGUUAGAGAUGUUGCCUAUUAUUCUGGUGUGAUUGUUAUUGCUGAUACUCUCAACAAUCGUAUUAGAAAGAUUUCGAAUAAUGGAAUUAUUUCUACAAUAGCCGGUAAUGGUCAAGCAGGAUAUAACGGAGACGGAAUAGAUGCUACCAAAGCCACAGUAAAUAGUCCACAUGGUGUUGCUUUCCAUCCAACAAGUGGUGAAGUAUAUUUUGCUGAUUAUGCAAAUCAUCGAAUUCGUAAAAUUUAUUCGAAUGGUACCAUCACAACCAUUGCAGGAAAUGGUGAGCCAAAUUACAAUGGAGAUAAUAUCCCUGCUACAAGUGCUCAGUUGGGUUAUCCUAUUGGUAUUGCUGUUUCUUCUGGUGGUGAAGUAUUUAUUGCUGAUACUCUCAAUAAUCGUAUUCGAAAGAUUUCGAAUAAUGGAAUGAUUACAACUAUUGCAGGAAAUGGAACAGGUGGAUAUUCAGGAGAUGGAGGACCAGCUGUGAAUGCCAUGUUGAAUACACCUUUUGGUGUGGCUAUUGACUCGGAUGGUAAUAUUGUUUUUGCAGAUUUAGUGAAUAAUCGUAUUCGAAAGGUUUAUUCAAGUGGAACUAUUGUAACUAUUGUAGGAACUGGAGAGGCUGCAAACAGUCCAGAUGGAAGCCUAGCUAAUAAUGCACCUAUUCGAUUUCCAUUAUCUGUUGCACUGACUAAAAGUAAUGAUUUAUACUUUUCUGAUAGUUACCAAAGAAUUAGAAAGGUUUCGGCUACUAGUGGGAUAAUUUCAAGUAUUGCAGGUGAUGGACAAUCUGGUUAUAAUUAUGACGGUAUUGAUGCAACCAUUGCAACCCUUAAUAAUCCUGUUGGAAUUGCAAUUGAUUCGUCAAAUAAUGAAUUUUAUAUUGCCGAUAGUAAUAACAAUAGAAUUAGAAAGGUUUCGUCCAGUGGAAAAAUUACAACGAUUGCAGGAGGAACCAGUAGUUUUGGAAAUAAUGUCCCAGCAAUUCCAGCAUUCAUUUCUCCAAUUGGCUCAAUGUCUUUAAAUAACAAUCAAUUGUCAUUUGCUGACAGCAGUGGUCAAUUCAGACAAAUUAAUUUAACUUCCAAUUUGAUUACAACACUUGCUGGAACUGUUGGAUACACAACGAUUAUACAGACCUAUUCCAAUCCAAAUUCAAUCAAAUUCUUUAAUAAUGACAUGUACGUCAUGUACACUUCCAAUAGUGUUUCGUAUAUUGAUAGAAUUGUUAAUCUAAAUUAUGGACCUGCUGUUAAAUUGGCAGGAGCUAUCUUUUACAAUGGAGAUAAUAUUCCAGCAACCAGUGCUAUUAUGAACUAUCCAUCACAUUGUGUUAUUAAUUCUACGAAUGGUGAACUAAUUAUUAGUGAUAUGAAUAAUCAUCGUAUUCGAAAGGUUUCUAAUAAUGGAAUAAUUACAACUAUUGCUGGUAAUGGUACUGCAGGAUUUUGUGGAGAUGGAGGACUUGCUGUGAAUACAUGCUUGAAUAGACCAAAUGGAAUUGCCAUUUCUUCUAGUGGAGAAUUAUACAUUGCUGAUUAUGGUAAUCAUAGAAUUCGUAAAGUUUCGAAUAAUGGAAUAAUUACAACCAUUGCAGGAAAUGGAAACACUAUUUACAAUGGAGAUGGAAUAGAUGCCGCAAAUGCAUCACUUUAUAGUCCUGUUGAUGUUUCCAUUGGUGCAAAUAAUGAAAUUUACAUUGCAGAUGCUGGUAAUUAUCGUAUUCGAAAGAUUUUCACAAAUGGAACCAUCGUAACAAUUGCUGGAACUGGAACGAAUGGAUUUAGUGGUGACAAUGGAUUGGGUUCCAAUGCAACCAUUGGUUAUCCUUCUUCAGUUUUAUUCAAUUCAGGAAAUGUUUAUUUUACCGAUAUAGUAUAUUGUGUGAUUCGUAAAAUUUAUUCGAAUGGUACCAUUACUACCAUAUCUGGUAAAGCAGGUACUUGUACCUAUGGAGGAGAUGGUGGGAAAGCAUCCAAUGCACAAUUAUCUUAUCCAGCCGGAAUUGCAAUUAGUUCAACAGGUGAUAUUUACAUUUCAGAUAAUUACAAUCAUCGUAUUCGAGUUAUAUCUAGCGUUACUGGUAUAAUUUCCAAUAUAGCAGGAACAGGUCGAAGUGAAUAUAACGGCGAUGGUUUACAUGAAUCAAUUACUAAUUUUGCUUACCCUGUUGGUUUGACUUUUGAUUCGAGUGAAAAUUUGAUAGUUUGUGAAACAACUUCUUCUUGGAAGAUUCGUAAAAUUUUGGCAACUACUGGAAUGGUUUCUACCAUUGCUGGAGGAAUAGGAGAUGGAUUGAAUGCUAGCAACGCUUUUUUAGUAUCAACUUUAUUUGAUAUUUCGAAUAGUGGAGAAAUUUACAUUGCUGACACAGGUAAUCAUAGAAUUCGAAAGAUUUUCACAAAUGGAACGAUAAUUACAAUUGCUGGAAAUGGAAUUGGUGGAUAUGCAGGAGAUGGAGGUCAGGCAACUAGUGCACAGUUGAAUAAUCCUAAGGAUGUAGCUGUGAGUUCAAAUGGUGAAUUAAUUAUUGCAGACUAUUCCAAUAAUCGUAUUCGAAAGGUUUUCACAAAUGGAACUAUAACUACAAUUGCUGGAACUGGAACAAAUGGUUAUGGUGGAGAUAAUGGUUUAGCUACUACAGCUAAAUUGAGUCUUCCUGUGGGAGUUUCGAUUAGUUCAGGAGGAGAAAUUUAUAUAUCCGAAACCAAUAGAAUUCGUAAAGUGUUGACAAACGGUACAAUUUAUACAAUUGCAGGAACUCUUUCGAAUGGAUACAAAGGAGAUAAUGGAUUAGCUUCACUUGCUUCAUUGAAUGCUCCAGGAACUGUUUCUAUUGGACCAAGUGGUGAGCUAUAUUUUGCUGAUACUGAAAAUAGUGUUAUUCGAAAGCUCACACCCUAUUGUAAUGCAUAUUCUUCAAUUUGUGAAAGACCUUUUUCGAUUCUAGGACUUCCUUCUUACUAUAUUGCGAAAAGUGAUCUUGUUAAUUUUGAUUUGAUUAUUUCUAAACUUUCAGUUGACCAAACAAUUAUUGAUUCUUUGAAACUCACUAGCUCAGUAGUAACUUUUACUGUUCAAAUCUCCAAUUCAGCAAAAACAUUUACUGGAAUUUCAAUUCAAAAUACUCAAAGUGGAAUUUUAACACUUUUCCCAACAAUUUCAAUUUCCAAUCAAAUUUCAGUGAAUUUCACAUCAUUAACAUUUGGAUUUUCAUCCACUGCAACUGCUUCUCUACAAAUAGACAGUGUUAGUUUAUAUUCCUCUUUCGAAUUACAAUUCAGAAUUCCUCCAAAAUCACCAAACAAUUUAUUGAAUUCAAAUUCAACCAAAUGUUCAGCAAUUAAGGAAAUUGUAAACUUGAAUAUUAAUCCAUGGAGUGCAGAUUCAAUGUUACUUCCAUUGAAAUAUGCCAUUACAUUCUCAAGUUCAAAACUAAGUUCCAUUAGAAUUACUGAUUUUUCACAGGAUUUGAAUCGGUCAAUUGUUUUACCGAAUGUUGGCGAAACUAUUUCAUUGGGAAUCAUUGUAAUGGAUAGUUUGGGCAAUUAUUACUCCAAAUCUUCAUCAUUAUCCAUACUUGUCGCUUUUUUCAAUGGAACCAUGGAAGAAUAUUCAAAAAUUUCUUCAAAUUCUGGAACAAACUUCAAUUUGAUUACUUCAUUGAUUUAUGACGUGUCAUUCUCUUCAUCUACAACGUAUUAUGCUUCUUUAUUGAGUAAUAUAGAUGUUAGCGGAAGUGAUCCUUCAUCUGCCUUGUCAAGUCUUUCAGAAAUUAUUUCAAAAACUCAAUUGGACGAAACUAUUGCUAAUACUACAUUAUCGAAAUUAUCAGAACUUGUAUCCUACUCGUAUAACCGUUACAAUACAAGUAAAUCAAGCUAUGGAUAUGUUAAUUCAAAGAUUUCCAACAGCAAUGUCAAUUCAAUCCUUUCGUAUGCUUCUCAAUUUCUUGGUGCUGAACUUUUACUGUCAAAUUCAAGAGAAUUAGCUCAGAAUUUGGCUGAUCUUAUUAUUCUUGGUCAAUUGGUCACGUAUGUGGAUACUAAUGAUGGUAGUUUGGUGGUUAGCUCAUAUUCCUCAUCGAAUAUUAACAUGACAAUUUCAGCUUUUGUAAUUUCAAGUGCUUCCACUCAAUUGGUCAACCAAAAAGUGGAACAAGAUCAAACAAGUGUUUCCUUUAAUGCUUCUUAUAUCAUUUCACAAAAUGUUGCCUAUUCCAGUGAAUGUGCUGUUUCUUUAUUAACCUAUUCGAAUCUUUUCAACAAUUCUUAUUCGAAUAAUAAUGGAACAAGUGAAGGAAUUUCAAUUACAACAGAUUUCAAAUUUUUAAAGAAUCAAAAAGUGGUAAAAUUGGAGAAUCUUGCCAAUCCAAUUAUCAUUGAAUUCAAAUUGACGGAUCAAAACAUUCUUGAAAAAUUACAAAAUUCUUCCAAUUACAAUUUCACAUGUACUUAUUUGGAAGAAAGUUCAGGAACCUGGAGUGAUGAGGGAUGUUAUCUCUAUUCUUUCAAUUUAGAAACUAGAAUUGUUCAAUGUGCUUGCAAUCACACAACACUCUUUACAACCUUCCUCGAACAAAAGACUAUUCCACUAAGUGAUAAUACGAAACGUCAAGUUGCUUCUCUUUAUUAUGGGCAAAUUUCUUUGGGUAUUUUCUACUUUAUCAUUUCAAUCACUGUGUUGAUUUUAAUGAUAAUAUUUAGAAAAAGUCAACCUUUGAUUUCUAGAUUAUCAACUCCUUAUUUGGGAAUGAUUGCCUUAAUGGUGGAAAGUUUAUUGAUCUAUAUUAUUCAGAGAAGUGUUCUAGUUGAUCAAUUAUUUAAAGAUUCAACGAAUUGGUCAAGUGGUGAUCUUGCUGCUAAUUGGAUUGCAAAUAUUGUAAUGAUUUUUGUAAAUACUUUGAAUUUAACAGCAAUUCUUGCAUACCUCAUUCAAGUAUUGAGAUUCCAAUUAAUGAAAUAUCUUUACAAUAUUCUCCAUCAACUAAGAAAGAGUCAAUCCAAUAUUUCACAAUCAAGUUUAUUGAAAAACCUUAAAAGAUUCACAUCUAAAAAGGUUGUUAAUUCCAUUCUGUUGACAUUUGUCAUUUUGAAUUUACUUUAUUGGACAUUGUGGGUUAUUUUAAGAAGAUGUGAUGUCAUUUCACUUACUGCCUAUACCUAUAUCAUUUCCAUUUCAUAUAUUAUUAUCAUAUUUGCAUUGAGUCUUGUCAUUUCAGGCACUGCAGUUGUGGAUUUCAUUUAUUCCAUGAUUAAGCAACAUUCGUCCAAUAAGAAAUCAAUAGAAGAAACAAAAAAGACAAAAGUUGAUUUACAAAUCGUUAAGGAAAAAAUUUCCUCAAUGGGAAUUCACAAAUGGCUCAUCUCAAUGGAUACACCACUCUAUUUCAGAGGUGAAAUGUUAUUGUACAUUGUGUUUUUCAUCUUGUUGAUUGUAAAUCAAUCAUUGGGAAUGAGUACACUUCCUUUCAGAUAUGAUAAUGAACAGAGUUAUAGAAAUGUUCUGACCAAUGAUGUGAUUGCAUUCAUAUUUGAAGUGGUCUAUGUGGCUGUUUAUAUUCUGGUGUUUGGUGGAUAUUCUCUAUUGAUUAUCAUUUCGAAUAAGAUUAGGUUCAAAUUGAGAAAAGUUCCAGAAACUCUGGUUUCUGAUCAAGAAGAAAAUAGAGAAAUGUUGGAAUUGAUUGGAAACUCAUAUGGAAGAGAAAUAUUUGAAGCUUUUUGCAGGAAGGAAUUUAGUGUUGAAAAUUUGUACUUGUUUUUGGAUUUGCAAGAGAAGGAGAAAUUGGAUUCGAAUAAUGCAAACGAUAUCAACAAUUUCAUUGAAAGAAUUUACAAUACCUAUAUCAAGAAUGGUUCUGAAAUGGAAGUUAAUAUUCCAUCUUCUUGUUCGAAAGAGUUUAAGAAACUGCUUCAAGUUUCUAAUAAUCAAGAGAGUGAAAUGGUUGAUUUAAAGCAGAAUAAUCCAAUGAAAGAACAAGCUGAUGAAUGUUUUUUGAAUUUGAGAGAUAAUGUCAUUAUGAAUCUUUCUGAUACCUUUUCAAGAUUUGUAUUGACUAGUGAAUAUGAAUUCUUUUCACAAGUUUUUGAUUUUUCACAAAAUAAUCUUGGCAAGUCCUUAAAAAUUGGCAUUUAA